GUUGAUCAGAUAACUGGUGUUAGUUGGGGAGGUACUCCAUACAGAAUUAGAGGAAAUGUUUUGACUGAUAUUCGGCUUCAUCUUAAGAAUUUGGAGGCUAAGACUUUACAGCAAUUAUAUAGAUCUUCAGGAGAUGGUUUCAGUGACGAUUCUUUAAAGAUUUUUGAUGAGGAUAUGAAAAAAUGGAAUCAAAAGCUUCCAACAUUGAAUUUUAUUGACUCUAAAAAUAGAGAAUAUAUUAAUGCUGUUUCUAAAUUUUAUAGAAAUUCCAAAAAUCUUUUUAAUCGUCCUGAGCAGCGUGAGAUGUCUUUUCUUGGCCGUCAGACAAAAGUUCAGAAACAAGUAGUUUCCUCUGUUUUAACAACACCAGGAAUGGGGCAACAUUUGUGGAAUGAUUCCCAAUCAGACCAACCUCGAUUUACUCCAAUUGUUCAACAACCAACAAAUACUAAACCAACACCUUUACUUAAUUAUUUUAACACUCCUCGAGUUGAAGAAAAUAAUAAUAAUUGGAAAAAACAAACAGCUUCGUUUAUUUCUUCUUCUGCAAGUAAAAUUCAAGCAUUGAGUGAUUUGAAACCUGAACGAGAAUCUUGGCGUCAACAUUUUUCUUCAAAUGAAUUUGAUCGUAUUAAUGAUCCUUAUGGAACAUUUUCUGCUAAAAAUCCAUCUCCAUAUUUUCCUUCACCUUCGAGUGGAGAAAGUGCUUCGAGAAGUUUGAUGAGUUUACGUGAUUUUGCUUCGGCUUCGAGUUCUCGAUAUUAUCAGGCAAUUUAUUCUAGAAAAAUAUUUUUUUAA